AUGUUAGGUCUAGGGAGACCUCGAUUGAAGACCCGGCCAUCCUUACUCACUCUGAUUAGCAGAGGUGAGCUUGAGCGUGCGCCAUCACCUCCACCGCCCGAGCUCCCACCGCUUCCAGACUCACCCACUCUAACCAACUCGACCACAUCCACCUCCCCAGUCUCCUCCUCAGUCCCAACAAAGACCUCCACGAUGGCUUCGGCAGAGCAAAAGGAGCAUGGCGCAAUCUUCUCGGUCUCCGGACCUGUCGUUGUGGCCGAACAUAUGAUCGGUUGUGCCAUGUACGAGUUGUGUCACGUUGGUCACGAUUUGCUGGUCGGUGAAGUUAUUCGAAUUGAUGGAGAUAAAGCUACAAUUCAGGUUUACGAGGAAACUGCUGGUUUGACAGUUGGUGACCCUGUUACCCGAACGGGCAAGCCCCUCUCUGUUGAGCUCGGUCCCGGUUUGAUGGAAACAAUUUACGAUGGAAUUCAACGACCCCUCAAAGCCAUCUCCGAUAAGUCGGGGAGCAUUUACAUUCCCCGUGGUAUCGCCGUCAAUGCGCUGGACCGUGAGAAGAAGUGGGAGUACAAGCCCACUAGCUUCAAGGUCGGCGACCACAUCACCGGUGGUGACGUCUGGGGUACCGUCUUUGAGAACAGUCUGGUGAACGACCACAAGAUCCUCCUCCCCCCACGUGCUCGGGGUACCAUUACCCGCAUAGCUGCCGCCGGUAGCUACACCGUCGAGGAGAAGUUGCUGGAGGUCGAGUUCGAAGGAAAGAAGACCGAGUUCGGCAUGAUGCAGACCUGGCCUGUUCGUGUGCCCCGUCCCGUUAGCGACAAGCUCUCCGCCGAUGCGCCGUUCAUUGUCGGUCAGCGUGUGCUGGACGCUCUCUUCCCCAGUGUCCAGGGUGGUACCGUCUGUAUUCCUGGUGCUUUCGGAUGUGGAAAGACUGUCAUUUCUCAGUCUGUCUCCAAGUUCUCGAACAGUGAUAUCAUUGUUUAUGUUGGUUGCGGUGAGCGUGGUAACGAGAUGGCUGAAGUUCUGAUGGAUUUCCCCGAGCUCUCUAUUACCAUCGACGGUCGUAAGGAGCCUAUCAUGAAGCGUACUUGCCUGAUUGCCAACACCUCCAACAUGCCUGUGGCUGCUCGUGAGGCCUCCAUUUACACCGGUAUCACCAUUGCCGAAUACUUCCGUGACCAGGGCAAGAAUGUGGCUAUGAUGGCUGAUUCCAGUUCUCGUUGGGCCGAGGCUUUGCGUGAGAUUUCUGGUCGUCUGGGUGAGAUGCCCGCUGACCAGGGUUUCCCUGCUUACCUGGGUGCUAAGCUCGCCUCCUUCUACGAGCGUGCUGGUAAGACCAGCUCCCUCGGUAGCCCCGAGCGUGUAGGCAGUGUCAGCAUUGUCGGUGCUGUCUCACCGCCCGGUGGUGAUUUCUCUGAUCCCGUUACCAGCAGUACCCUGGGUAUUGUCCAGGUUUUCUGGGGUCUUGAUAAGAAGCUUGCUCAACGUAAGCAUUUCCCUUCGGUCAACACUUCUAUCUCCUACAGCAAGUACAACACUGUUCUGGAUAAGUUCUACGAGAAGAACAACCCCGACUUCCCUCGCCUGCGUGAUCAGAUCCGUGAGUUGCUGUCCAAGUCUGAGGAUCUUGACCAGGUUGUGCAGUUGGUCGGUAAGGCAGCUCUGGGUGACGGAGACAAGAUUACUUUGGACGUCGCUGCUAUGCUGAAGGAAGACUUCCUCCAGCAGAACGGUUACAGUGACUACGAUCAGUUCUGCCCUCUGUGGAAGACUGAGUACAUGAUGAAGGCCUUCAUGGGUUACCAUGAUGAGGCUCAAAAGGCUGUUGCCCAAGGCCAGCAGUGGAGCAAGGUCCGUGAGGCCACCAGCGAUAUCCAGAACUCUCUCCGGAACAUGAAGUUCGAGGUUCCCACCGAUGAGGAGGAGGUCUCUGGCAAGUAUGAGAAGAUCUUGCAGUCCAUGUCUGAUCGAUUUGCCUCUGUCUCUGAUGAGUAG